AUGCCACGUGCCACUUGUGGCUGCAUGACGCCGAGUGGCAUCCACGUCUGUUCAGGGGAUGAUAAAAAGAAGCACGAUGAUCGUAAGCAGCAGGAUGAUCGCAAGCAGCACGAUGAUCGCAAGCAGCACGAUGAUCGCAAGCAGCACGAUGAUCGCAAGCAGCACGAUGAUCGCAAGCAGCACGAUGAUCGCAAGCAGCACGAUGAUCGCAAGCAGCACGAUGAUCGCAAGCAGCACGAUGAUCGCAAGCAGCACGAUGAUCGCAAGCAGCACGAUGAUCGCAAGCAGCACGAUGAUCGCAAGCAGCACGAUGAUCGCAAGCAGCACGAUGAUCGCAAGCAGCACGAUGAUCGCAAGCAGCACGAUGAUCGCAAGCAGCACGAUGAUCGCAAGCAGCACGAUGAUCGCAAGCAGCACGAUGAUCGCAAGCAGCACGAUGAUCGCAAGCAGCACGAUGAUCGCAAGCAGCACGAUGAUCGCAAGCAGCACGAUGAUCGCAAGCAGCACGAUGAUCGCAAGCAGCACGAUGAUCGCAAGCAGCACGAUGAUCGCAAGCAGCACGAUGAUCGCAAGCAGCACGAUGAUCGCAAGCAGCACGAUGAUCGCAAGCAGCACGAUGAUCGCAAGCAGCACGAUGAUCGCAAGCAGCACGAUGAUCGCAAGCAGCACGAUGAUCGCAAGCAGCACGAUGAUCGCAAGCAGCACGAUGAUCGCAAGCAGCACGAUGAUCGCAAGCAGCACGAUGAUCGCAAGCAGCACGAUGANAGCGGGUGA